AACGACUAGUUCAAGACGUCAUGAUGGGUGAACUUAGGUUCGAAAAUGGAACGCGGCCUUGAAUGAUAGCGAACCCAAACAAAAAAAAAACUAAUUUUUUCAAUCCCAAAACAAAACUCAAAUAAUAAAAUGAACCUCCAUCAGCAAACCGAAAACCAAUUAAAAAUAACCCACUUGGAUUGUCACAGCGAGGACAGAAAUAACGAAAAUAUCAUCAUCGAAGUCAAGGAAACAAUUAUGCCAGAAAACAACAACACAGAAAAGACAGAAGCCCCAGAUAGUCCAGAAUUUCAAACGGUUUAUUGUGACGAGCCUGAAUUUGUAGAUUCUUCAAGUGAAGCUUUAUUUGAGGAGUCCGACUCUGAAGUACAAACACUAGACAUUUCAAACAAUCCCAGUAUGUUUGAAGAACUUGCUGAAGAUGAACCUGUUAACAUAAUAGAAGACAUCCCAAACGAAGUAUUGGUAUACACCUGCCAACCAGAACACAAUGAUAAUCCCAUGGACAAAUUUGUGUGCAUAAAGUGCAAUCUAAUUACAGGUUGUAUAUUUUGUCUCAAGUCUCACUAUGAAAGCAUCCAUCUAAAUUUAGGCCUUGUACAGUACAGGUGCCAUCAAAUAACCUAUCUGAGAAACUACACUGAAAUAUGUCACAAGUGUAACUUGGUUUGCGAAAGCAAAGAGGAAAUGAUUGAACAUCGCCAAAUACAUUUUGUUGUUUGUGACAUUUGUAAUAUGUCUUUUGAUAGUGCUUUGUAUUUUUCAAAUCAUUGUAAAGCAACUCAUAAAACUUAUGAGGUUGCAAUCAGUUGUGAUUUGUGUGAGAGUUGGUUUAAAGUUUUAGAAAACCUUUCUGAUCAUUAUCAAAAUAUACAUGAAAUGAUUUUGUGUAUAGUUUGCUAUAAACGUUUUUCAAAUGUUGAGGAAUUAGUUUUGCAUCACCAGUCUCACAAGAUUACAUUGAAGAGUCCGCCUAAGCCUGUUUUACCUUAUGCUUGUUCGAAAUGUAAUCAAGCUUUUGCUGAAAUCAGUGAGCUUUCGUCCCAUUUGGUUAAAGCACAUCCUACUAAGAAGGAAAGUCAUGGCAUUUCAACUAAAAAGAGAAGAAAUAAUACACCUAAAGAGAAGCCAAUUAAAAAGUGGAGAAUUACAUACGAUGAUUGUGGAGGUUUAAGCCAAGAGGAUAUUAUUUUGGAAACUGCUGAAGAGGAGGAAAUAUUUGGUAUUGAGUUUAGUGAUGAUGAAGUAAAAAUUGAAAUAGAAUAAUUAGUUCAUUCCUUUUGUAUAUUUAAUAAAUUUAUUUCUUUUUCUAAUAGAAGGUUACUACCUAUUGGAAUAAAUUAAAAAUGCAAUUAUUAUUUAUUUAUUUAUAAAAGUAAUUAUUUCACUUCAAAGAUUGUUUGUUUUAUUCUGGCAUGUCUCCACCUGGUACUAGCUAAACAAAAAAGAGGCACACAUUAUUAGCUAAAUAUAUCAAUAAAUUCUUUGGAUAAACUAUACUUACCAUUGUUAUAUUGUUUCCAUUGAGUAAUAUUUGUUCCAAUUUCGUAAUCCUCCUUCCUUCUGGGGUAGUUUCAUAUUCUGUAACAUCUUCUAGAAGCAUAUUAACGAAAUCGUCAAAACCUAAAAGGGUUCCCACUAUUUCCUUGUCGUUUUUCAUGAUAAUGUGAAUCCGGGAACCGAUACAUUUA